CUGCCACCAAGUUCGCGGAAUUUGCGCAAGGGGAUCAGUUCUCUGUGCUGAGCCUCGCUUGCUAGACGUCUUCUCCGUUUCGAGUUUCGGGAGGGACGUAACGCGGAACAUAUGGCUCUUAGGCGUGUCGCCGGGGCUCUGUUGGCAUUGUGCCUCAUUGGAGCUGUCAGCGCUCAGGACGAUGCUUCAGCCCUCGAAUCAGUGAAGUCAGUGUUUUUACCCACAACUCCCAACGACUUUGGGGGCAUGAUCUUCUCCCUGCUCCAAGAGCAGGCCAACUUCCUGGCGGCCAAGGACGGUGCUGAGACUGAGGGCUCGCCCCUGAACCUGCUCACCUCCAUGGCCUCAUGGGCUGCCCAGGCCCAGACUGCUCUAUUCAACAUGGCCCCUGCUGAGUCAGCCAGCAGCCUCCAGUCCCUGCCUUCCACCCCCUUGCCAGACCCGCUCACCCAGCUCCUCAAUGUCACCGCAUCGUGGGGAAGCAUCAUUGGUGGCGCACAUGCUGACCCCGUGCCCCAGAACCUGCUUAACUUCCUGAUUGAGAACCCCGUGGGCCCCCAGCUGGACGCUGCAGUCAAGGCCCUGCCCACUGUCACUGACCCUCUGCUGCUCGCCAACGCCACCGCCAACUUUGGCAGUGCCGUGACCGGAAUCCCAGGCGUGCCUGCCAUCUUUGCCAAGGGUGGUGGCAACCAGAUCUUCUCCCAGUCCGCCAUCGUGACCAGCUACAGGCCGUGCUUUGUGAGCCAGUCGGCCACCGGUGUCCAGAUCAGCACCCAGCUGAUUUCGAUCAACCCCCGUGUCAUCACAUCUUCUUUCACCGGCGUGGCUGUCACCCCCAAGCUAAUUGAGAUCCAGCCCACCCUCAUCAAGGUCGGUGUUAACGUGUCCCCCACCGGCAUCCAGGUCAUCCCCAAGCUGAUCAACGUGGGACCCCAGGUGUCCAUCAGCUACCCGGCAACCCCUGCCGCCAAGGCCCCCGCCGCUGGCCGCCACUGAGCGCCAGCCCUUUCUGCAGCUUCCCCUUGAUAAAGCUUUGCAUGCUGUCGGCUGCGAGCGUAUUCACACACUCCGGCCCACUAACAGCAUGCAUGGCUGCCACCAUCUGGGCCCACCUGCGGAUAGACGGUCUUGUUUAGUUUGUGUGUGCGCGCCCCUAGCUGCAGUGCUGAAGGCGGCUGCCACCACAGCACCUCACACCGCCGAAUGCUGCUUUGCGCAAAACUUGACCCCAGUCCUGUAGUUUAUACUCGUCCGAUUUCGUUUGCCGGCUGGUUACGCUUGGUGCAUCAUUUCAUGUGACGUGUUUAGUCUGUAGAGUAGUGGCCUAGAAUAUAUUUUUUGCGUAUUUGUGCUGGCGAGUCUGCACAGCUGUCCAGGGAAUGUGUCGAUUUGAUUAAUUGCCAGGUUUUGGCUGCAAAGUUGUGAGCCCACUGGGGAGAGAACUAGUGUAGCCUUGCUGCCUUCUACAAUGUGACCCUUGCCUGUUACACCAUGCGCAAGCUGUUGAUGCCCUUUGCCAUUGCGGGAGGUGUGGAUCUGGUGUUGACUGCAGCAGCAUGCCUGUUGCAACGCGUCACAGUGUUACAAAGCAAGUGUCAUUC